AUGUUGUUAAUUUCCAGGGCUCUUUGGCGAAGUCACCAGCGACUGCAACUGCAUCAGCAACUUGUGCACAGUGCAGCCAGCGGCGCAACAUCGGCGGAAAAGGGCUUUCGGAAUCGGAGCACCCCGGGCUCGUUGGUUUCAUCAGCGAAAGAGCCGGCUGAUUGUCACAUCAUGAGUGGCAGGUAUCGUGGUGGCAGCGGUGGACGCUAUGGUGGCGGUGGAGGAGGCCGCGGCGGGGAUGGCUACGCGGUGGGGGGUGGUUACAACGAUUUCGACAAUUUCCGCGGUGGCGGCGGAGGAGGUCCGGUAUUUAAUGAUAAUUUCGGACCCGGUCCCGGCCCAAAUCCUUUCAACAUGGGCGGCCCUCCCAACAUUUCCGGGAACGAGCUGAUGCAGCUAAUGAGUGCCAUGGCCAGCAACUUCAACAUGAACUCACAGCCCCCGCAGCCAAUGCGACAGAGUUGCGGCGAAUUGCGCAAUCACCACUGUGGACUCUUUGUGGAGCUGUCUGGCAGGUUGAUCAAGAAGCGGGUGAACCGCUUUGCAGAGCUCCGGGAUCGCAACGGCGGAGCCUGCCAGCUGGUGGUGCUGGAGGACAAGCAUCCGCGGGUGGCACGGCGCAUGAACAACAUGCCCGAGAACACCACGCUGACGAUUGUGGGCCAGGUGAUGCGUCGUCCGCACAAUUCUUGCAAUCAAACUAUGCCCACGGGUGAGAUUGAGGUGGAGGUGCAGGACAUUCUCAACAUUCACUUCCCGGCCAGCGGCACAAAGCGGGCGGGAGACAAGCGCACCUACAGCACCAUGGUACAGCAGCAGAGCAACCUGGGCAUCACCAGCACCGAGUACAAGAUAGCCAAGAACGAAAACAUCUUAAAGUACUUUGAGAAUCGCGAUCUCACCUGCAAUGACCUGAGGCGCGACGAUAUUGGCAAGGAGGUCACCCUAGUGGGUUGGGUUCCCUCAACCAAGAACAACAAAUUUCUGCAGCUAAAGGAUGGCUAUGGCCAGACGCAACUCAUGAUCGAGGACCAGACGCUCAGCGACACCUUCUUGUCCACGCCAGAGCAGACAGUGGUUCAGAUCGUGGGUAAGGUUCUGGGCAGACCCAAGGCCAAUAUAAAUCUGAAAUAUGACACUGGUGAGGUGGAGGUCAGUGUGUCAACCGUUAAAAUCCUCAACCCGGACGAUCCCUAUGAAGGCCCCAUCAAGGCCAAGGAGAAGCAACAAAAGCUCUCUAUCGAUGAUCUCGAGUCCGAAGAGGCUGGCGCUGAGGCUUCGUCCAGCGUUAGCAGUAACAACGGAGAGUCCAAGGAGGAUGGAUCGGACAUACCGCACUCAGCCACCCUCUCCACGAGUGCAGAGCAGCGUGUCAAGAUUGCGGAUACCAACAAGUUCGCCGAUCGUACACACAAUUGCGGCGAGCUGUCUUCCAGUGACAUCAACGAAAAGGUCGUUAUUUGCGGCUGGCUGGAGUUCCAAAGGAUGAACAAGUUCUUCAUCCUUCGGGACGCUUAUGGACAAACUCAGGUUCUCUUGCUACCCAAGACCACGGGUCUGGAGGAAUAUGUGGAGACGGGGGUGCCCAUCGAGUCGAUUGUGCGCGUGGAGGGUACCGUGAUACCUCGGCCAGCGGCUACGAUUAAUCCCAAAAUGCAAACCGGCCACGUUGAGGUAGAGGCCGAUAAGGUUGUUGUGCUCAAUCCGGCCAAGAAGAACUUGCCCUUCGAGAUCAGGAAGUUUAAUCGCGCCGGCGAGCGCUUGAGACUCACUCAUCGCUACCUGGACCUUCGAUUCAACGAUAUGCAGCACAAUCUUCGCCUGCGCUCGGCUGUCAUAAUGAAAAUGCGCGAGUAUCUGAUCAACUAUUUGGGCUUCGUUGAGGUGGAGACGCCGACGCUCUUCCGACGCACUCCCGGCGGAGCGCAGGAGUUUGUGGUGCCGACCAGGAAGGCCGGGCACUUCUACUCGCUCGUACAGAGUCCGCAGCAGUUCAAGCAGAUGCUGAUGUCGGGCGGAAUAGACAGAUACUUCCAAGUGGCUCGCUGCUACAGGGAUGAAGCCACCCGUCCCGAUCGUCAGCCGGAGUUUACCCAACUGGACAUAGAGCUUUCCUUCACCAGCCGGGACGACAUCAUGCAGUUAAUCGAGGAGACCUUGCGCUACUCGUGGCCAAAAGAUUUCCCCAAACUGCAGACUCCCUUCCGACGCAUUACCUACGAGGAGGCACUGGAGAAGUACGGCAUAGACAAGCCCGAUACUCGCUUUGGCUUCCUUCUCAACAAUGUUUCGGAAAUAAUCGAAAAGAGUGGCAACUUUAAGGAGAAAUACGAGAAUUUCGGCGCCUAUGCCAUUGUGGUGCGUGCCAGCGAAGCCUUCUGGAAUGGCAAUGCCCGGAAGCAUUACGACGGCCUGGGCAAGCUGUUCAAGGGCACGUUAUUCGUUCGCAAGUUCGGGCCCGCGAAGGAUGUGCAGGAGAAGCUGGGCAAGCUGCUGGGCGAGGAAGUAGCCAACGAAGUUGCUGAGAAGUUCGAUCUGGAAGAGAAUGAUCUGCUUUUCCUGGGCAUCGGACCCAAAGAGGAAACGCGCACUUUGUUGGGCCGCAUUCGAUUGGAUUACCAGGAGUUUCUGGUGGAGAACGCCAAGGUGAAGAAACCGAAUGACUUCCGAUUCCUUUGGGUAAUCGACUUCCCGCUGUUUGAGCGAAACAGUGAGACCAACCAGUUGGAGAGCGUGCACCAUCCUUUCACGUUGCCACACGCCGAUGAUCUCGACAACUUUGCCACCAGUUGCGAUAACCUGGAGAACAUACGCUCUCAGGCCUACGAUUUGGUGCUCAAUGGCCAGGAAGUUGGAGGAGGAUCCAUUCGGAUACACGAUCGGGAUAUGCAGCACUUUAUUCUGGAACAGAUUCUGAAGAUCCCUCAUGACCAUUUGUCGCACUUACUAAGCGCCUUGGAGUCGGGAUGCCCACCGCAUGGUGGCAUUGCCCUGGGCCUGGAUCGCCUGAUAGCCAUCUUAUGUCGGGCGCGAUCCAUACGCGAUGUGAUUGCAUUCCCCAAGUCCUUGAAUGGCCGGGAUCCGCUGUCGAAUGCUCCGGUGCCCAUUUCCGACGAGGAAAUGAAGCUGUACCACCUUUCGGUGGCGGAGGCGGCGGAGGAGGAGGAGGAGGCCAGCACAAACAACUCGGCGCACGAACAGGAGGACGACGAUCCCGACCAGGAGCGUGCUCCGCCAUCGCCAAUGUCAGGGACUAGCGAAACUGAGCAGCCCGAAAUGGAGGUGGAUAUUAAAACGGAGCCGGUGGAGGUGACCGUAAAGGAGGAGGUGGAGACCGAGCCGUCGGAAGAUAAGGAGCCAAGCAAAGCAGACCCCGCCGAUGAGCCCGCUCCUCCAAUGCCAACGCCCACUCCCACAAGGGCCAGGCGGGCUGUUAAAAAGAAGGUCUAGAGGUCUGGGCCUUCACUAAUAUUACGGAUAAAGGAUUAGCAUUUUACAUGUGUAAGCUCAGUCAGUAGUCAGGACGGAGAUUAAAAGCGCAGCCACAAACCAGUCAACCAACACACAAAGAUCGUAGCAGUCGGGUCGGCUCCAUUGACUCGCGCUUACCCCUUUUAUACAUUCAGAAUAUGUAUUCGCAAAGGCAAUAUAUGUACCCACCACUCCGGAUCUUGUCGGAAGAUUGCAAUACCCAAACCUAGGACGUAGGCAAUCCCGGCAUACCGACCCGACUGGCCUGGCCACAUUCUACAAGUCCAUUUCUAAUUAUUAUGGCAACCCACAAAUUGAUUACAAUUUACGAUAUAAACAAAUCAGCCAUUAUAUUCAGAAUUGUUUAAGUAUGCCGCGAGUUUUAAUAUUGUUUUCAUUUGAAUCUGAUUUUCGGUCAUCGGUUGUUUUGAAUUCAAUUAUUAUAGCUACUAUUUAAUUAAUUUAUGUACCAUUGAUUAAAAUGCAAUUGUAUUAAACGGAACACCAUUGAAUCCUCG